AUGGUCCGGAGCUGGAAGCUUCUUCAGAUGGCACUUCUGGCCGUCUCCGCGAUAAACUGCGACAGCGUCAAGGAGAGGAGAGGGCGACGGAAGAACGAAUACGGAGACAAGUCCCUCUGGAAGAAGGAAUACGAGGAGGAGCUGGGCGACGCCAUGCUCGCCACGAAGAAGUCUCGAGACAACGUCACCAGAGUACAACUGUCCACGUUCUCGGACAACGAGGCCGUAGUCGAAAGGUUAAUGGACUCGAUAACUUCCAGCGAAAAAUAUUUGAAGAAAAUCGAUAGCAUAGACUUCAGAUUAAAUCGAUUAGACAUCGAAGUGCACGAAAAAACGAAUAAUAUAAUGAAGCAUUUAGCGGAGAUAUCUAAAGGGCUUCGUUCUGGCCAACAUCCAGAUAAGACUGAUUCGAUCUUGGAAAGUUUGAAAAACGAUUUGUAUCAAAUAAAAUAUGUACUAGAGACCCAUCAGAGAACGGGCACAAAUGCAGAAGGCCCAGAGUUCCACGCAGACGCUGCGCUGGACUCUCGGCUCACAGUGCUGGAGAAUCAGAUCAAAAACAUCUUGUCUGGAGUGGAGUCCAUAGUCUCCAUUAUAUCAGAGGUCAAAUCGCGACAAUUUGCUAGGACCUUCCCCAAACCUGAAUACAACGGGUUGGACUCCAUGAGCUUGAUCAACGAGUUCAGAAAGACACUUCACGACCAGAAGAGAAAAUGCGAAUGCAAGGCUGCUGGUAGAGUGGACCGGUCGGAGCGUUACCCGACCGACUGCCAUGAGAUCCAAAUGCAAGGCUUCAACGUGUCCGGCAUUUACAAGAUCAAGCCUGAAGACAUGGAGCCGUUCUACGUCCUCUGUGACCUCACCACUGCGGGAGGCGGCUGGACGGUACUGCAAAAUCGUUUCGAUGGUUCACAAGACUUUUACAAAUCGUGGAGCGACUACAAGAAUGGAUUUGGAAACCUGGCUGGUGAGUUCUGGCUUGGUCUGGAGAAGGUCAACUAUCUCACCAACCAGAAGCUGUACGAGUUGAGGAUCGAGAUGGAGACACAGCACGGCCAGGAGGCGUACGCUGGCUACUCCGUCUUCACAGUCGGACCUGAACAUGAAGGGUUCAGAAUCAGCACCCUUGGGACCUACUACGGCACUGCUGGUGAUUCAUUAUCGUACCACGCUGGUCAAAAGUAUUCGACGAUAGAUGCGGAUAACGACGAAUGGAAGGAUGGUGCUUGUGCGGUGGAGCACGGAGGCGCCUGGUGGUACAAAGAGUGCGAUAAGAGCAACCUUAACGGUAAAUACUCGACAACUGCUGAUGAACAUCGUGGACAAUCGAUAUACUGGAUAUCUUUCAAGGGUCCUAAUUUCCCAUUGACUAAGACGAAAAUGAUGAUACGGCCGCUUCCGGCUAGCAGACCGAACGACCUGGCUGAGCAGUCCAGGAAAAAUGUAGAAAACUCGGAUGUGAAGCCGGUCUCAGACAGACAAAAGGGAGCCCGCCCCAAGGAAACCGCUCAGAAAUAUCCACAAUACAGAUACCAAGACCCCGCCGCGUUCUUCCCGAGCUACGCGUGAUGCGCCGCUACACUACACCUAUUACAUAAUGUAAACUACAAUGCAUCUUACAGUAAUGCUAACUAUAUACAAGUAACAUUAACAAUUGGAAGUUUAAGGAGAAUUGGGCAGGUUUCUUCUUGUUUAAAGAACUAUUUGCAAGUAUUUUUUGCUUUCAAAAAUAGUUCAAUGUAUUUUGUUCUUAUCAUGUUGCAGCUUUAGGUAUACUAUAGGGAUUUAUUAUGUUACCAGCAUUGACGUUUGUCUGCGAUAUGCGAAAGUUGUAACUUAUGUGAAAGGUUUAUGUCAAAUUGUAAUUGAUCCCCGAUAUAUGAUUUGAAUUCCCUCUUCUAUCUUCGAAAUUGUAUGCCUGAAGUCCACAACGGCUUUGUUUGCCACCUAUCAGAAAAGACAGGCUCUGCGGAUAUCACAGACAAACUGAAUUUGUAUUAGUUUAGUGGGUCGGGUACUCAGGGAUUACUUGUAAGGAUAUACGAAAGCUGCUUCGGUCGCAGCAAGUAUUGUAAGCGAGACGGCAGCUUGUUAUCAAACCUAUUUCCAUACUUAUAGAAAUGUAUUCCUGCCCAGCUCAGCUGUUAGGCUAUCUACAAGUUGAACGUGCCUAUCUUAAGAAAUAUUAUUAUAAAACGACCAAGUUAUAAAGAUUUUUAAUAAAUAAAUUUGUUGUUGGUUUUUUGUUUAAUACUUGGUCCGCAUUUGUUAUUCUGCAAUAUUUGAUGUAUUUUUUUAUGAAUUUAAGGCAUUUCAAUAAAUAAAAGGCGACAUCAGUCUCA